AUGUGUGAGAAGAUCACAUAUGGAGGAAGACCAAGGACAAUUAUAUGGCAAGUAGUCUUCUUUCUAUUCUAUUUGUAUGAGACUUUUGCUGGUCAGGUUCAGUACUCAGUAUAUGAGGAAUCAGAACAAGGAUUCAUCAUAGGAAAUAUUGCAAAUGAUUUGAACAUGGAUAUUGAGGAAUUAUCGGAUAGAGAAUUCCAAAUUGUUUCUCAAGACCAAAAACAAUAUAUAAGUGUUAAUUUGGAAAGUGGAGACCUGUUUGUCACAGAGAGGAUAGAUAGAGAGACAUUAUGUGGCACAGAGGAGGAAUGCUUCUUAGACAUGAAAGCACUGAUGGUUAAUCCACUGCACAUUUACACAGUUAAAGUUGAAAUUGAAGACAUUAAUGACAAUGCACCAAUUUUUUAAAAAAAUUAUUUUGAAGCAGGAAUAAGUGAGUCUGCUUUACCAGGGGCACGGUUUGCCCUUGGCUACGCACAAGAUCCUGAUCUUGGUAGCAAUUCUGUACAGAGCUAUGGACUUAGCACAAAUGAGUAUUUCAUCCUUGGAGAAAGAAUUAGCAGCGAUGGAAGUAAAAAUCCUGAACUUGUGCUGGAGAAGCCUUUGGAUCGAGAGAAGCAAAAUUCCAUUGAGUUAAUGCUAACUGCUUCUGAUGGAGGUAGCCCUAGAAAAACUGGCACAGCUUUAAUUAAGAUUGUGGUUUAUGAUGCUAACGAUAACUAUCCCGUUUUCAGUCAGGACACCUAUGUAGUGAAUAUAAAUGAAAAUGCACCAAAUGGCUCUUUAGUUCUCCAGUUACAUGCUACUGAUGAAGAUGAUGGGUCAAAUGGAGAGAUAACAUAUUCAUUUAGUCACAUUCCAGAAAACGCGUUGCACAUUUUCAGAAUAGAUUCUCAAACUGGUGAGUUGUCAAAAGUAGGGGAGCUGGACUAUGAGGUAACAAAGAGAUACACAAUAACGGUUGAAGCCAAAGAUGGUGGCGACUUAGUUUCUCACUGUAAAGUCUCUGUCCAGGUUGUCGAUGCCAAUGAUAAUGCACCUGUGAUAAUAGUAAAUUCUUUUUCAAGUGCAAUUUCCGAGGAUUCCCCACCCGAAACAGUAAUAGCGCUGAUUCGAAUUUAUGAUGGAGACACUGGUGAGAAUGGUGAGAUUGUUUGCCAGAUCCCUGACAUAUUACCAUUCCAAUUAAUAUCCUUAACAGACAAUUAUUAUAAAAUUGUGUCUUUAUCAAGAUUGGAUCGAGAACAACGAUCUGCCUAUAAUAUCACAAUUCUAGCUAAAGAUAAAGGCUUGCCAUCACUUUGCAGCAACAAAACGCUCCAAGUGACUUUAACAGAUAUUAAUGACAAUUCUCCUGUUUUUGAUAAAACAAAUUAUAUUGCCUAUGUCCCAGAAAAUAACCAUCCUGGAACAUCAGUUCUCCAUAUUACUGCUUUAGAUCUUGACAUCAAUGAAAAUGGGAAAAUUACUUAUAGUAUAAUCAGUACAGCUAUUCAAGGCAUCCCUGUCUCUUCACAUGUUUCCAUAAACUCAGCAACUGGAGUUGUUUAUGCCCUACAUGCUUUUGACUAUGAGAAGAUAAGAGAAUUACAUUUCCAAGUAAUGGCUGAAGACAGUGGAUCUCCUUCUCUGAGCAGUAAUGUAUCUGUUAGGGUUUGUAUUAUUGACUGGAAUGAUAACUACCCGAAGAUUCUCUAUCCAUCAUCAGACACUGAAGGAGCAAUAUAUGAAUUCAUCCCUCUUCCCUCUGAGAAAGGCUAUCUAGUAACUAAAGUGAUUGCAGUGGAUGCUGACUCUGGGCACAAUGCAUGGCUCUCUUAUCAUUUAUUACAGGUCCAAGAACCUUCAAUUUUUGUGAUUGGCCAUCACACAGGGGAAAUCAGGUUGGCUAGAGAUUUAGAAGAAACAGAUUCUUCAAGGCAAAAACUUGUAGUCAUGGUGAAGGACAGUGGAGAACCCUCUUUGUCUGCAACAGUUACACUAAACCUUAUUGUAGCUGAAAGCUUUCAAGUUCUUCCUGAAACAAAUAACAAACCCAUCAAGCUGGAUACUACAUCCAAUAUAACAUUUUAUUUGGUAAUUGCAAUUGCAAUGAUUUCAUUUUUAUUUAUUUUGGCUGUGAUUGCAGUGGUGAUUUCAAAAUGUAGAAAUUCUAGUUCUUCAGUUGUAUUUGGGACUUUUGACAGAAAAUGCUACCCUCCAGUAAAUUUCAGAUGUCCUUCUCAGUUGAGUGAUGGAACCUUGCCAUUGCCUUUCUCAUACGAUGUCUGCGUCACACUGGAUUCAAGCCAAAAUGAAUUUGCCUUUCUCAGGCCCAGUCAGACUGUUCCAACAGAAAAUCUUAUUGAUACUGAUGUUACAGGAAAUGAUUCUGAAAAAAAAGUUAUUUCAGGCAGCAACCUUUCCCAGUUUGAAGUAGCAGUUAGUGAAUCUGCUCUACCAGGAGCACAUUUUGCUUUGGAGAAAGAACCAGCAACAAUGGAAGUAAAUCCAUAUAUUUGGGUCAAGAGAAGCAAAGUUCUGUUGAGUUAA